AGUGCGCCGGCGUGCGCCUUGGCAUUUAGAAGACGUACAGCGAGUCUGUGUGUGUAGGGGCCGAGGGUACCGCCAAGUUCUAGGUUCUGGCGUGAUUUCCGACGCAAGCUCCUCUCUUCGGCAGGGUCCGCGACUUCGGCGCCUCCUCUGAACCGGCUCCUGGGUGUGACAGAACCGAGCCCUGGGAGCCAAGCUUGCAGGUAUCACGCUGGACCGCGGGCGGCGAGGACGCGGAUGCGUGGAACUGGAAGUCCCGCUUGAGGGCGUCCACCCCGACCGCGCAGGUCUCCUCCGCGUGUUCGCAGUUCCCUGGAUCCCGGCUCUGCGCUCCGCAGGCUCUGCGCUCCGCAGGCUCCGCGGGAGAACCUGGAGAAGGGCGCGGGCUGUGUAGCGGUGGAAAUGUAGGCUGGGGAAAGAAGUGAGUGUAUGAGAGAGGAGAGAUACGGAGGAUUAGGCAUGGGAAACCGGACGGCUGUGUUCUAGAUCCAGUUCUGCCGUCCUCUUGUCCAUUCUGUCGUGGGGGCAAUCUCCAGGAGCUUAACUUGGUACCUGAAGAUUGGCUCUGAAGCCUCUAGAACUUUCCUCUUACUGAGAUAUAACUUAGUUCAAAUCACACUGCAUAUAUAUAGUACAUAAGUGCUUAGCUCAAGCCUGAGAAUUAUUGGAAUCCUCUGGCAAGACAAAUUUGAACAGCACUGGGAGUUCUAUCUGGGAAGAUGCAGCCUCUGAACAAGUUGAUGGCUAUCCCAAAACCUCAGAGCCUGGCUCCUCAUGAACAAAGUGAGGUCCUGAGAGCCGAUGUGUCUUGGCAGCAGGAAACCAUCCCAGGCGUGGGGACAGAUGACUGUGAGGCCUCUCGUCAGAAGUUCAGGCGUUUCCAGUAUAUGGAAGUGUCUGGGCCCCAUGAAGCCCUGAGCCAACUGUGGGAGCUCUGUCUUCAGUGGCUGAGACCAGAGAUUCAUACAAAGAAGCAGAUCCUAGAGCUGUUGGUGCUGGAACAGUUCCUGACAGUUCUCCCUGAAGAAGUCAGGACUUGGGUGAAUUUACAGCAUCCAAAGAACAGCAAAGAAGUGGUGAGCCUCAUAGAAGAUGUGUUUGAUAUGCUUAAAGAUGAAGCUAUGACCUGCAAGGAUUCUGCCCUCCUCCAGAAGUGGGGCGUCAGGAAGGAGAACAUGGACGCUCACUCACUAACAGGCACAUCCCAGGAACCAGUGACAUUCAAAGAUGUGGUUGUGGAAUUCAGCGAGGAAGAGUGGGGGCAGCUGGACCCUGCUGUAAAGAACCUGUACAGGGAUGUGAUGCUGGACAACUAUAGGAACCUGAAUUCGUUGCAUAAAGAGCAUCUGCUUUCCAAACCAGCUGAGAUCGCCAAGUUGGAGAGUAAGGAAAAAAGUUGGAUAAUGGAACAAGAAAUCCCGAGAGCAACUGUUUUGGACAGUAAGAUAAUUUCAGAAAAGGAGGAUCCAGUUCCAGAGCAGAGAGUCUCUGGAGAGGAACUGUCUCAUGGAGUGAUUAUGGCAGGGCUGACCGACAGUGGACAUCCUCCUGCAGAUGCCUGGAAAUAUGAUGAUUGGUUGUAUAGGAACCAGGAACACUGGGACAUAAAUUUGCCACAAGAAGGUUUCAUCCGUAAGACAGUCUGCACUGAGGAGGGAGACUUUGAAUAUGGUGAAAAUAAGGACUGCUUAGAUGUUAAGUCAGUUAACUCAAUUUUUGAUACACCACAGAGCAUUCCUAUGAAGAAGGAAUCCCCAAAGUGUGAUCAGCUUAAAACUAAUUUUGAAUUUAAUUUAGACUCAGUAGGUAAGCAGCAUUCAGAAUAUGAUGAAUGUGGGAAAGCCCUGAGCCUGCGUACAGACACUCAGCACCUGAAAAGUCAUACCACGGUGAAUUCCUAUGAGUGUUUUCAAUGUGGGAAGGCCUUCAGCCGCAGUUCAUCCCUUGUUCGACAUCAGAUCAUUCACACAGGAGAGAAACCCUAUAAGUGCAGUGAAUGUGGAAGAUUCUUCAACCGACGUACAAACCUUACUAAGCAUCAAAAAAUUCACACUGAAGCAAAGGCCUGCGAAGGCAAUAAAUAUGGAAAAGCCUUCAGUAUGCUUGAAGACAGUAAUAAAAAUCGAGGACUCCGUUCUGCAGAUAAUUCCUAUGAAUGUGUUAACUGUGGACAAUCCUUCACCCGUAGCUCCUCACUUAUUCGACAUCAAGUGAUUCAUACAGGAGAGAAACCAUUCAAAUGUAGGGAAUGUAAGAAAACCUUCAACAGGAGUUCAAAUCUUAUUAAACACCAAAAACGUCAUACUUGACAGAAGUCCGGUCAAAGGAAGAAUGCAGAAUUACCUUAAUUCUUCUUAAUUACGUUCUGCACCAGAGUGCAGAACUCAUUCAACAUCCAUGAAUUUAUCCUGGAAGGAAUCCUGUGAAUAUAGUAAAUGAAAGAAAAUGUUUGUCCGAUUAUUCUUUAAUUGAUAACGACUGAAUUAAAAUUGGAGACAAAUAUGUUAUUGGAUAGAAAUCUGAAGGGGCUUUUCCAGACUCCAAAUGAAACCAUAAGGGUUUAGAGAUAAACACAUCACCAUACAAGUGUUUGUCUUUUUCCAAUAUCCAUGACCAUCGUUUUUCCCUAGUUCAUAAAUGGAACCUGUGGCAUACCUAUGUUCACCUGAUCUAUUGAUGAAGUAGAUAUUAGGGAGGAGCCGAGCAGUACUCUUGGAGUUGAUAUUUAAUAAAAUUUUCAGUCCUUCUAAGAAGGUCACAAGAAACCAGGAGCUCAUGAGAAUGCAGAAGGACUCUUCUAAGGACUGACUCUGAAUCGAUGGCGAAGACCACAGUGAAGCUAAUUACUCCACCCCUGUUACUAUCUGUGGCUGUCCUGGUGCUGAGUGGGGACUGGAAUUGGAAGAGGGUUAUCAACUUCGGUGGGAGGUAGAUGUGUCGUUGCUAAUCUACAUAUUCUCAAUAUCUGUAUUUUUUAAAGUAUUCUUUAAAGAAAAACAUUCCAAACUUAAGAAAUUCUUGAUGUAUAUAGUUCAGUCAUUCAGAGCAAUUGCAUGUUUAAUAAAAUGGAUUAUGACAUUCUCA